AUGGUUUCGUCAGUUACUCCACUUUGUCCGAAGAAACUUGAAGAGAAAUCAGUGUUGUACAAUGCAUCAAUUAGUGAAAACCAUGAAAGCAAUUGUCUCAAUGCCAAGGACAAGCCUUCAAGCAGUGUUUUAAUCACAAAAAAUGGCAGGAAAAUUCCAAUUUUACAGAAGUCUAGAAUCCCUACGAAGAAACGUUCACAGGUGGUGUAUGUGAGGAUGACACCUGCGAGGUUGACACCUAUAGAAAAGUUUCAUAAACAACUUCUUGACGAGUGGAAUAAACAAGUGAAGCUAAGUGAGUCAUCAAUAGAAGAUGAUAUUUUAUUGUUUGACAAUAAGAACAAUUUCAUAUCAGAUAAUGAAGUUGGUCUUGGAUGCAUUCUUCUUAACCCAGAUUGUGACUCUAUUUAG